CCUUCUCGUUGUCCUAACUUCACGUUCUAUCUUCAAACGCGCAAAAUUCUUUGCACAUUUCAAACUUGUAGGCUCCGGAAGCUUCAAUCUUUUCAUCUUAUUCCAACUAUCCCUUCUCUCCACCCCACAAAUCAGAUAUAUUACUCAAGAUGAAGUUUACAAACGCCCUUUCUACUUUCGCCUUGAUGGCAUCUGCCGUCAAUGCGGUUCCACAGGGUGGUAGGUGCCCGGGUGAGGUCGCUACCGAGAGUUUUGGUGCAGAUCUCCCUGGUCCCACGUGUAGUCCCAAGAGGAGUACAACCAAAAUCGGUGGAUCAUCCUCGUCCAACUCGAGUGCUCCAGCUCCUAGUUCAGCAAAUAGAUCCAUCAGUGAUGCUUGUGAUAUCGGAUUCGCUACCCAGAACGGCGGAACCACAGGAGGUGGAUGUGCUGCUGUCACAACUGUCAAAAGUCUCGCGGAGCUCACUGCUUGCGCAACUCAAAAUGUUCCCGCGGUCUGCUUGGUGUCUGGCGCCAUCACUGGUAACACUGUCAUAAAGGUUACCGCAGAUACCACAAUUGCAGGAGCGGCCGGCUCCAGCAUUGUUGGUGUUGGGUUACGUGUCAUCAAGGUCUCUAACGUUAUCCUCCGUAACUUGAAGAUAUCUAAAGUUCUCGCAUCGGCUGGUGAUGCUGUUGGUAUCCAAGCCGCAUCCAAUGUCUGGGUCGACCACUUGGAUCUCUCCUCUGAUCGAGACCACGGCAAGGACUUCUACGAUGGACUCCUCGAUGUCACCCACGCAUCCGACUACAUCACCAUCUCGAAUACCUUCCUGCAUGAUCACUUCAAGGCAUCCCUUGUCGGCCACUCUGACUCCAACGGUGCUGAGGAUACCGGACACUUGAUUGUUACCUACGCCAACAACCAUUUCAAGAACAUCAACUCCCGUGGCCCAUCCAUCCGUUUCGGAACUGCUCACAUCUUCAAGUAAGUCUUUGUUCUCCUCCCCCAUCGUACCAAAAUUAACCGUCCGACCUAGCCAAGUCUCUGAGACCUGCUCCACCGGCCUCAACACCCGUAUGGGCGCCCAGGUCCUUGUAGAGUCCUCAGUCUUCUCUGGCACCUCCAAAUCCAUUGAGUCCGCUGACUCCAAGACCGUCGGUUUCGCCACCGUCAAUGACGUUGAUCUUGGCUCUGGAACAAACAGUGUUAAAGCUGGUACUUUGAAGACUGUUCCUUACAAGUACACUCUUCUUGGCUCUGACAAUGUCGAGGCUGCUGUCACUGCUACCGCUGGUGCCACUCUUCACUUCUAAGAGUCUGUUUAUUAGAAGAGUGGAUAGAGAAGAGGAAAAAUGCAGGCACUGCGCAAACACUUCGAAUUGUAUAUAUUUUUGAGCUGGCGAGAAAUAGAUGGGGUGGGGGAAAUACCUUUGUAUAUACUUUUAUUUUCGUUCUGGUCAUUCAAUUGGCUUUGCUAGAAUCCAAG